UGUUAGCAUUCCUGGUAACCUGGCAACAUUUCAGAAUGACAACAUGUACCUCCUAGUGAUGACAUUCUUUAAACUCUUCUACAGGGUGGUGUUACAAUGCACUUUGGGCUGUACCAUUAGCACAUUAGGAAACAUCCAUAAUCAUGAGGCAUGCUGUGUGACGCUUGGACACAAUUCAAAACAAAACAGUGCGCUGACAGACUCGUAUGGUAGUGUAAUGAGAGGAUUCAUAAGAUAAAGGCACAAGUUAAAUUCAGAAACACAGACGACCAAAACAAAGUUGUUGCUGAUCAGCAUAGGCAUUGGGGGACAUUUAAGUGAGAAGACGCUGUUUUUUGCAAACACAGGAAUGAGCGCUGCCAAAGUCAUGCCAGUGGACCUGGCCAUGCAUAUGUGCCUGAAUCGCCACCCUUCAGUGGAACAACUUUUGGGAAUGUCCACGCUUAGAUCCCAUCGUGCUAUUACUAGACCUAGCAUAUAUGAUACUCUGCGGUCCAAAGCUUCUAGAUCCCCCCCGAUUCCUGAAUCUCCGGUGAGCCCCGUAAAUUCUACGAGCACUUUUGGGACACUCAAGAAGAAAAAAAGAGUGGUAUUCGCAGAUGAUAAAGGACUGGCCCUCACUGCAGUCUGGAUCUUCAAUUCAGAUCCACCAAUAUCCGAUGAAGAGGAGCUUUCUUCACCUGUCAAGCAAAAGACUGAUUUGUCUGUGCAAAGCAAGAAGCCUCGUCUCCGGUUGGGGUUCCCUCAGCCUUCUGCUGAUUUACCAUCAUUCCUGGAAAAACUGGCAAAAACUCUGGUGCAUCUGGAGAGCUGCAGUUUGGUGUAUGGAUCACUGUUCGGAAAGGUGAGGGUCUGCAAUAUCAGUCCAGAGAAAGCUGUGCAUAUUCGCAUCACGUACGACUCAUGGAGGAGCCACCACGACAUCCCAUGUACCCCUAUCCAACAGAACAAUGAGAAUUCAGACACAGAACUGUUUUUCUUUAAUGUUCCCGUCCCUUCCUGUCCUAACAUACAGGAUCGUCUGGAAUUCUGCGUGUCCUUCCGUCCUGGAUCUGGCAACACACUCUGGUGGGACAGCAAUGAUGGACGAAACUAUCAAAUCCUUGUGGAGGACGUGAACUCAGAAGAAGCAUCAGCGGUCGAGAAAAAACCCUUGAGGCCCCAGAUCUUUCAAAGUAUCCAAUCAGUGCGCCUGAGAAAUGGUCCACCUUUAUAUAGGUCAGCAAGUCUUAGCUCACUCAUUUCCCCCAUGAAUAUGAUGAAAACCUCAAGUAGGCAAUGGAACAUUAUCCCCAAAAGUAAUUCAUUCUCUUAUUCUAACAAUGCUGACAAAUACUUCUAGCAUGAGUGGUGGGUUUUGUGUAUAUUGGUCCCUUAUCAUUUUCAUCGUCAUCCAUGUUGGAUGAAUUUUGCAUUAAACAGACAUCAAGAAGGAGCAAAAGACUGACAGACACCCAUGCUUGUGCUAGUUCUCUCCACUCCAACUCGCCCAUUUGAGUCAGUGACAAGUCAGUGGUGAAAGAGUGAGACAGAUGUGUCUCUCUAGAGCUUUGUGUACCUGUAUAUCAGAUGAGUAUCUGUUAUGUAAACAAGCAUCAGCACUUUCUCAUCAAGGUCAGCCAAUUUCAAGCUGUGAGGGUCUUUCACUGCUUGUGAGAUAGUUGUACUAAGACAGAUAAUUAAUGAAGCUGCAUGUGUGAAAUGCAUGUAAUAUAACUGUUUCAAUGGUUUUUAUCUAUAUUUAUUUAAGACAAAUCAAUAUUAAAGGCACAAAUAAACAUGUAUUUAUGUUUGCAUGAAGCAAACUAUACUAUAUACUAUGUUGCUAUACUAUGUUAUUCAAUACUAUACUAUGCUAUGAUAUUUUAUACAAUGCUAUGCUAUGUGAUUCAAUAAUAUACACUCUGUGGCCAAAAGUUUGUGGACAUAUAGUGUACUAUGCUAUUCUAUACUAUGAUAAUACCAUGGUAAUAUGAAUUCUAUACUAUACUUUUUCAUACUGCAAACAUAGAAAAAAGAAGGUCAUGAUUUCUUCAGCUAUCCUUUGGGGAAAAGCUAAAGGUUCAAUGUAGAAAACCCACACAUUAAUGUUUUCUUAUUCGAAAGGUUUCCAGAAUAGAAUGCUUUUAAGAAGCUAAGAACCCUUAACUGUACAAAGUACUGCUCAAAUAACCCUUGAAGAUCUAUUUUUCUAAGAUUGUACUACAUGGAAUCGAUUGUAGUUUACAUUUUACAGCAUGCAAUACACAAGUAUAAUAAAUAGACACAUAAUUCUAUCCACUGCAUCUAUAUUUUCCUAUUUUUAAAAUAUAUUCUAAAUAACGAUACAUACAGGAUUUCCUUUGAUCAUUUAAUCUACACUGCUUUUCAUGCUGCUGCAGACUGAGGACAAUAUUUUUUUAAACUGGCUACAUUGUCACCAAUUACAG